AUGUUGGUCAAUAUUGCGAGAUCGGGAUGGAAAGCACCCUUGCGACCGUUCAGUCCAUCUGUUCGAUAUGCGUCUUUGAAUUCGGCUAUUGGCAGAGGAAUUCGCAGAUCGGAAGCCGUGUAUUCAAGAGACGAAAGAGAUGAACGAGAGAGCGAGAGAAGAGGCCACGAUUCUCGGUUUUCAAAAGAGCAAUACGGGCCACGACAAUAUAGCAAACGACAAUACGAUGGUACAAACGAUGCGAACUUCAACCGCCGACAACCCUUCCGGAAAUCCAAUGACUCCCCCUUUACACCAAGAGGGCGAUCUGAGCCGUUCCCCGAUUCACCUCGAAAUGACCAAGGCCGACGGUUUCCACAACGAGACAAGUCCCAAUUCCUAAGAAACGAUCGAACAGAGAAGCCUGCUUACAACGAGUUCGACGAAGAUGAGUUCAUUCGAACUGGCAGCUUCCGAGCCCUACCACGUGAACACCAGUCACGAUUCCGCGAACGCGAGCCCCGUCGUGACCACGAGACCUCAUUCCGUGAACGCAAGCCCUCAUACCGAGAGCAUGAGUCUCAAUUCCGUGACCGCGAGCCACAAUUCCAGCGGCGUCACGAUGCGAGCUUCGAACGACAAUCGAGAGACAAGCCCUCGGAGCCCAAGGAGAAAGAAUCCAAGUCUCGAGCACACAAGGUGACUCGCGGCAUGCCAGAGCGAGUGAAAGAGAACGUCAAAGUCCCGGACACGAUUCCCUAUACUACACCAGCCUCGGAAUUCAUCUAUGGCACCAGUGCCGUGGAAGCGGCGCUGCGUUGUAGCCGGCGUCAACUAUACAAACUCUACAUAUAUCAGGCGGCAGAGGAAGAGCUGAGUGCCGGAAAGGUCACGAUUCGCAAACUGGCACUGUCCAAGAACAUUGGAGUCAAGAUGGCAUUCGCAGGAUGGGACCGGCUCAUGGACAAGAUGAGUGCAGGGCGACCUCACAACGGAUGCAUUUUGGAGGCAUCCCCCUACCUAAACUGCCUCUUCCGGGUCGAGCUGGCACCCCAGACUCGGGAAGAAGCUGCGGUAAAUGGCACCGACGAUCGCGUCCCGAUCCAUCAACCUCCACCCCCGCAUGAGGGCCAGCGAUACCCGGUUGCAUUGCUAUUGGAUGGAGUUGUAGAUCCUGGUAAUAUGGGCGCUAUCAUCCGCUCGUCCUAUUUUCUAGGGAUCGAUGCUAUUAUCUUGGCGGGCCGAAACUCUGCGCCUUUGUCUCCUGUGACAAUCAAAGCGUCUGCCGGUGCAGCUGAAAACAUGCCCAUUCUGCAUGUGAGGAAUGAAGUUGAUUUCAUUCAACGGUCACAGAAGAAUGGAUGGCGAUUCUACGCUGCUGAUGCGCCCGGCCCCGGAUCUGUCUACAUGGACGCUGGGUCCGUGAGGGGGUCUGGAUUAAGCUCGCAUAUCAAGUCGCACGCCGAUGCAACGGUUAGUAUUCCGGGCGCUCGUCAUAGCCCCGUGCUCGGGGUGCAGUCGGACCCAGCCCGUAUUGACAGUCUUAAUGUGAGCGUUGCGGCGGCGCUAUUGAUGGAGAAGUUCCUACGAACCCCACUUGCAGUGGCAGAAACCGUUAAGAAGGAGAAGGAAACUGUACGGAGUCCAAAGAUGUGGUGA